CCGGAGCGGAUUCGGGACCGCCUCCCGAACUUUGCUCCCCGAAACCUUUGUAUCACUACGGUACUUCCGUGAGCCCCAGAAUUCCAACACCUCCCUCCCAGGACUGGGGCCUUAUCCCCUGCUGUGUCGGGCCUGCCUAGGGAUGACCGUGUGGAACGCGCUCAACUAAUACUAGGGCUUGUCAGCCCGAGUCAUCAGUGGCUUCGCCACUACCAAGUGUAACUAUUCUCUCCCUCCCUACACUAUACACAGCCAUCGGCCACACGGGACAGAUGCCACAUCGCUUCACAGGAGGAGUUAUCUCGGUGAUCUACAAGAAGGGCGACGUGACCGAGCCAGGCAACUACUGCCCCAUCACACUCCUGGGGUCUGACUACCGCAUCCUGGCUAAGGCCCUGGCUACCCGCCUGGGCCCGGCGCUAGCACGCGUCAUCGACCCGGAACAGACAGCCUUCCUCCCCAAACGCCUGAUUGGCAAUGGAGCCCUGUUUCUCCGCCUCCUGCCGCACCUCCUGCGACAGCAGGGGCGGCCGGGCCUCAUUGCCUUUCUGGACUUUGAAAAGGCAUACGACACCGUGGACCGGACGUUCCUGUCAGAAGCCAUGGAGGCCGCUGGUGCAGGCCCUAACCUUCGUGGCUGGGUGCACACGCUGCUGGCGGACACACGUGCGCGAGCCCAUGUCCAAGGUGCCCACUCCCAGCCCGUGUCCAUGAUGGCUGGCGUACGCCAGGGCUGCCCGCUGUCGCCGCUGCUGUACCUGUUUGUAGCGCAUGCGCUACUAUGCUGGUUAUGGCACAAAGGCGUCGGCCUACGGCUUGACCCGACAGCUCUCCAACGUGUGGCAGCAGUGCAGUAUGCGGACGACACUAAGGCGCUGCUGGAGGGCGAGCAGGAGGUUGUGGCUUUCCUGGCCGCCAUGCACACCUUCCAGCACGCCUCAGGGCAACGGCUCAACCUAUCAAAGGUGCAGCUGCUGCGCAUUGGGGCGGCCUACAACGGCACCAUCCCUCGCUGCGCCCAUGGACCAUGCUCACAGCCCGCCCUGACGUCCGACCCAUGGGAUGCCAGUUGCCGGGCGACUUGCAGCGCAUCUAUGAGGCUUUGGGCCAUCUCCCGCCUGUGAGAGCGGGGUUUUGUUUGUGGCGGGGCGGCCUUGUGUGUUUCUGGCCUUGGCAGGCGGUGUUUUCCUGGCGUGUAUUUUGGUCUGGUGUGUACGUGUGGUGUGGUGUGAAGGAGGCAGUUAUGUCUGCCCCUCUGAGGCUCCGCCCUAGCCUGCUGGCUGUUGUGCUUUCUUUUGGUGGAGAAGGCGUGAGCCUUGUGUCUCCGUGUCUCUUUUGUCUUGACCAGGACUGGGGCCUUAUCCCCUGCUGUGUCGGGCGUGCCUAGGGGUGAGCGUGUGGAAUGCGCUCACCCAACACUAGGGCUUGUCAGCCCUAGUCAUCAGUGGCUUCGCCACUACCAAGUGUAAUUAUUAUCCUCC